UCCCUAGAUUCUCACUGUUGCAACAGACAUCAGCAUUUAGGUGACGCAUCAACUCUCUGUGAAGUAAGAGCCUACUCUUUUACGUUUCUUGUUUUCUUCAAUAAUUCAGUAUUAUCACUGUGACAGUCCGUCGUGUGCCAAGAUCGCCUACUUCAAGUGUUAUUUCCGCCCGCACUACGAUCUUAGCUAAUAUCUCGGGCUUCUGCCCCUGAUUUCGAUGUUCCCGCAAUCCGGCGGGUGUUAAGAUCCAUGGAAGUGGCCGGCUUCUACGACGGGGAUUGCUUUGCUUUCCAGAGUAGAAACAGUAUUAUCAGUCCUAUUAGCGACAACAGCACUUGCAAGCAGCCGGUUGACGGUUCGAUGACGGAGCUUGGCAUAGCAGAACACGAGAAAGCGAUAGAUUUUAGCGUCUACUUAGAUCCAACUACUGCGCACUGUCAACAAUUGGCAGCACAUAACGAAACUCAGCAGAGAGGGAUAGACAUCUUUGCUGAUUUCCUUGCCGAGGAAAGCAGGAUAAAGAGACUUUCGUCAUUACAACAAAACUACAGAAACUACAUAUCUCUUAACGAGCGGGAGACAAGUCCCCACGGCAACCCUAGAGACCAAUACGUCCUGGGUUAUCCUGAACUACAGGAGACACGUGUGGACACUGUGUUCAGCCCAGAGUUUCUUGACAACCAAUUUAAACCUAGUGAAAGAGGCGAGUCUCAAGAAGAGCCAAGAAUGGACAACGGUUCAUCUGGCUACGACAUGAGGUAUCUUCAUUACCAGUCAAAUCCAAGCGGGAGUCUUGGUAACAUUUCUACGGCGUCCUCGUCAUCCUCCAGUCCACCCGGGACACCUGCUCCGUCAGGUAAAGGCAGGUCGCCUUCGCAGAAUGGGAACAUGUCGUCCGGAGGCAAGGGUAAGAAGCGACUGGACAAGGACAGUGAGGAAUAUAAGCAGAGGCGGGAGAGAAACAACCUUGCUGUUAGAAAGAGCAGGGAUAAAGCCAAAAUGCGCAAUAUGGAGACUCAACACAAAGUGCUUGAACUGGCUGCAGAGAAUGAUCGUUUACAAAAACGUGUGGAGCAGCUAUCAAGAGAGCUUGCGACCCUGCGUAACUUGCUUUCUGCCACCGGUCAGUGUUAGCCCCUACGGAGUGCCAACACCUCUCACUUGAAACCGGUAGGCAACUUCAUCUGGUCCUGCGCAAAAGAACAUUUAUCAUGGUGCCAUGAAUGUGAGAAGGUGGCUCCAAGAUGUGCAGUAGGCUAUACACCGGUAGAGAAAAGCCACCAACAGUUUACAAGGACAGUUGUGAUUGAUCACAGAAGGUGCAUGCAAUGCGCCGCCAUUCAUGAUUCUUGACUCUUGACAGGUCACCUUUCUGUUGUUUUUUUAAAGAAAAUGUGUGUGCAGUAUUUCUUAAGGUUUUUGCAUUUUUUAUUGAAAAUUGAUAAAUAUUCUGUUAUUUAAAAAUAAAUGUCCUUAUCUGGAGCAAUGGUUGUCAAGGGAAGAGUUGUAGCCCACUGCAGAGGUAUGAUGCAACACUUUGUAAUAGUAUUGGCAAUGAAUGAAGAAAUAAUCUCAAUGUGAUGAACAUGUACAAAUGUUUGAUGGUACUUGAUAUUUUAUUGAAUUAAACAGAUUUAUACUUUGAUAUUA